AUGAGCAAAAGAGCCGUUGUCCCCGACGCUUGGGAUGACGACUGGGAGACUCAGGCGGAUCGGGCUGCCAAGGAAGAGGCAGCGAAUCCUACUCCUGCACCAGUCUUGACCAAGGCUGAGCGUCUGGAGGAGCACGUUAAAUCGAACCGAAAGCUAUGGGAAGCCGCCGAAUCCAACGAGACGUUUCACUACGUCGAGGCCACCAACACCGUCCCGCUGGCCGCGACGUUCAAGCCGCAGGUCAAGCUGCUCAGCAGGAAGCCGGUCAUCGCUAGGCGCGGUGAGCCCUCCCGUCUGGCCGAUGACGACGACGGGCCCAAGAAGGAGGUUCAACUCACCGCCGAGGAGGUGCGUGCCAAGCAGAAGCGUGAGCGUGACGAGAAGCAACGCAAGUACGACGAGGCCCGCGCCAAGAUCUUUGGCGACUCCGCGAAUUCCUCCCGCGGAUCGUCACCGGGUAACAACGGCACCACAACGCCGCCGCGGUUGGACGCGAGGUCGCAGCAGGGCCGCGGCGGUGGCCGAGGGCGGGGCGGACGCGGCUCGGAUAGUACACGCAGCCCGUUUGAGUCACGCCGCACGGCUCUGCCGUCUCAGGCGACUCCAGGCAAGCUGUACGACCCGAAUUACUCGCCUAAACCCGACGCCGGCUUCCGCAAACGGGACGAGGCGGGGGGGUGCGGCAACGGUGGCACGGGGCUGCAAAUCCGAGACGAGGGCGUGCCAUUGCGGGAACCUAGAGGACCGGACGGCACUGGAAGAGGAGGCUUUGGAUUUGCGCGGCGUGGCGCGAAAGAAGCUUGA